CUGUUGCCUUGGCGACAGUGACGCGCGGUUUAAUGGGAAGUGAGGAACCUCUGAUGGUCAGCGAACGUGUCUGUAACAUUUAAGUAACUUAUUUCCGAAAGAACGAUAAAGAAAGCCAGGAUGGACGGAGAAAUGGAGGAUUAUUUCAGGAGCGUUUUCGAUGAGAAAUUGCUGGUGAAGAUGCCAGAGAGGGAAGAUGAUCACUUGACCCCUGCCACCCGUUUGUUGGAAAAGAGGAGAGAGAUGGCUGAAGUGGAACAAGCUCUGUCGGCACAGAAGGAGGAGUUUCAGAUGAAAAUGGAGAGCCUCCAGCAGAGAAAGGAGGAAUUGGAGAGGAAAGAAGAGCAACUUAAGAUGUCCAUUUUUAAAUUUGAUAAGUUUCUGAAGGAAAAUGACUCCAAGCGAACCAGAGCUAUUGGAAAAGCUAAAACAGAACAAGAGCUGACAAAGCAGAAGGAAAGGGACCUUGAAAAGCUAAAUGAGCAGGUGGCUGACCUAAUGUUACAGAAAGAACGACUUAAGCAGAGGCUGAUAAAAAAUGCAGUGUUUUGGAAGUACUUGGAGCAAGUAGCUCAGAAAUCAGAAGAGUUUCAUGAGAUACGGGAUGUGAUUGACAGGUUUGAUACGCUGCUAGCCACCCAUGAAGCAUUGGUGAAGAAGGGCACUGAGAACCAGGAAGCUGUCGAGAAAGAAAAGGCUCUGCUGCAUCAGUUUGUGAAGGAGAAAAGCAAUGAAAUUCUAAAAUACAAUAAUGAUCUGGCUGAUCUUCAGAGUAAAGUGGACCUCACCCACGAAGAAACUCUCAAAUGGGAGUCAACGUGGGCUCGUAUCCAAAACACAGCUGCAUCAAAAACAUUGCUUCUUGGCAAGAUUAAGAUGGCUACUCUCAACCUGUUCCAGAUGAUGAGCAAGGAGAUGCGUCAGAAAAUGGAUAUCUCAUUAGAUGAUACAGUAACACAGCUGGAUAAGAUAAAGCUGUUCAUCUUAGACCUCAUGGCUAUAUUGGCAGACCUUAAGAGAGCAGAUCUAACUUCCUCGGCUGGUGCAAUGUCCACUAUAAACUAGGUUCCCAUUGGCAGUAAAUUAAUUCAGACACGGAGAAGGACCGUACUGUAGCUGCUUCAAGGUGGGGAACCAUGGCCAGCCUUGUAUCAGUACUAGUAAAUUUUCCAUGUCACCCUUCUUACCAAUUACUUAAGAAUGACUUGAGUAAACAGGCAUGGACCAAGAAACAUUAAGAAGCUAUUGCAUUUGUAACAACUGGCAAGUUAAAAGAGCUGUCAUCCAGGUCUGAACUCUCCUCUUGCUGGAAUGAAAUUUUGGAGUUCAUGGUUUUUAAAGAUUAUAUUGUGUGGUACUAACUGUAAAAAAAGUAAUUUUUUUCCAUAAUCUUUCCAAUUAAGUAAUGUAAACUAAGAAAAUUUGGCUUUUGCAAUGACAUUAUUUGAUAUGGAGAACCAAUAAACUUUUUUUUGUAUUUUC